GAAGUGAGCCGUAAAGCUGAAGACAGAGCGGUUUGGGAUUCAGCCUUUAGCGUGGAUUAACGUCACUGCAAGAGAGCGUAGUAGAGGAGCGGAUGGACGUGUUUCUCCCAGCUUCACGUGAAGAAAACCCGUAAAAUGACUAAAUUGGACGAGUUAAACGUGUUUCUGAGUGAGAGACUGUCGGCGGCGGUGAAUGAGAUUCUCGACACCGUGAGCAGGAUGAUGCAGGACUACGAGGAGGAAACGGCUCGGGUCCGCAAAGAGAACGACUAUCUGAAGGAAAUGUUAAAGCUCACGGGAUGGAGUUUUACAGAAAUAAACGCGGGUGUGUCCUUUGAAAAGCAGGAUGAUACGUCGAACCUACAGCGCGAACCGCAGAGUUGUGAGAGCUGGUGCCAAAAUCCAGAGCUGAAGGAAGAAAGCACUCGCAUUAAAAUAGAGCAACCUGACCCUCUAUAUCCUGCUCAUCCUGACUACGAGCCUCCAGAUAAAUAUCCGAUUCCUGAUCUGGAGACAGGUUCACCUAUAUCUGAUGUCUGGAGUGUAAAAACCAGGAAAGGAAAAUCCAGAUUAAAGCUAAGGAAGAAACAUUAUUGCUUAUAUUGUAGGAAACCAUCCCUCCGAAUGAAACAGCAUCUUUUAUCGACACAUGCUAAAGAACCAGAGGUGGCCAAGGCUCUUAGUUAUGACAAGAAGUCAAAGGAAAGGAAACAGUUGCUGGAUCUCCUACAGAGCAAAGGAAACCUUUUGCACAAAGACGUGGGUAUGAGUAGAACCUCUGUGUCAUCUAAGUGGCAUACCACAGCUGGAUCUAAUACAGACUAUGUGCAGUGCAUUUAUUGUCUUGGGUUAUAUAGCAGUAAGAGCAUCGCUAACCAUGUAAAGAUAUGCAAGCAUAAAUAUCCAUGUAGUCAUGAAGCUAAACCCGUGUCCGGUACCAUCCCUUCUCGGACAGGUACCCCUUUAAGUCAAGAACUACUAACAGCUAAUCAAGUAAGUUCGCCUAACUCGGAUAGGUUAUGUAGAGCCAAACAUAAAAAUCCUAGUCCUGAAUCAGUUAGCACAGAUGUAUCAGACACAGGUAACAUUCCAGCACAGCUUUACACUAAUACAGAGUCUACAGGUUCUUCUCCUUGUGAAGAUUCGGGCUGGGCCGGUGAACAUCUACUUGCUGAUCUUGAAUCAGAAAGUAAUCCUACUCUAGAUGCCAGCUUGCUCCGAAAUGACCACAUGCAUAAAAUAACACCCUGCAGCGCCCCUCUAUAUAAUCAGACUGAAACGAGCAGCGGUGAAGACAAGAAAACUGACGCUGAACACGGAUACACGGUAGAGAAUAGGAGGAGGAGCUCUCAUGUUGAAACUCAAUCAACGGUAAUCGAAAAUCCUUCAGAUGACGAGGAGGGUUUAGCUCACAACACACAACUGCACAUCUGUCAGCACUGCAGCGCCACCUUCUGCAGUCCAUACCACCUACGCAGACAUGAGUACACUCAUACAGGUGAGAGGCCUUACUGGUGUAGCGAGUGUAAUAUCGGGUUUAUUCAGAAAUAUCGCUAUCGAAACCACAGAAUGACCCACCAUGAAGAGCAACAUUUCAGCAUUCACAAGGAUCAAGCAAGAAGACGAAAAAAAACGUCUUCCAGUGGGGAGAAUCCAGCAGAGUGUGAGCUCCAGCAGCAGCAUGUGGCGGAGAGUUCGACAGGUACAUCAGAGCCUUUCGACCAUUUCGAGGAAAGAGUUUGACUCAACAUACAGAGAAACACCUGGUUGAUGAGAGAGUUCAGUGGAGAAUGGUUUGAGCUGAUGAAGCACUGUUUACAGUAACUCAGAUAACAACUCUAUAUAAUAUCGGUAAGCAGAAAAGCAUCUCAGAUUGCACAACACAUCAAACCUUGAGCUAGAUGUGCUACAACAGCAGAGGAUCGUGUCAGGUUCCACUUCUGUCAACCGAGAAUAGGAAUCUGAGGCUGCAGAGGACACUUACCAAACGUGGACAGUGCAAAGCAUAGCCAUGUCCGAUGAAUCUUGCUCUGUGCUGAGGCAGAUACUGUAGAUGUGUAGGGAAUGCUUUCUUAGCCUACUUUGUGCCCUUAAAUACCAAUCAAUCGCAACAGCCUAUGUGAGUAUUGUUGACCGUGUUCUAUAAUUUACCCAUCUAUUAAUGCCAUAAUAAUGCACCAUGUUAUAACCCUGUUAGAACCUGUUGCUAAGAAACACUAACCAACAAUCAUGCAAUUCUGAUGAUUUGUUGUAAAUAUUUCCCGAAGCUGCUGGUCUGUAUUUGCAUGAUUUUAUGCAUAGCUGACACAAGAUUGGCUGAUUUGAUAGAGUGGGUAUUUUGUACAAGUGUUUCUGAUUAAUUCAUGUAUUAUCAGGCCUUGAAUAACUUUCACAUAAUUUUUUUCAAUGCUUUUGUUUCACAUACAGAAAGUGUAAGGAAUUUUCACAGUGCCAGAAUAAUUGACCGCAAAGAAGAGAGAAGCGUGUUUUUAAGUAAAAAAAAACAAAGACACUGUUUUUAAAGCAUGUGAUUAAGUUUUAUAUAGAUAUAUACAUUGUAAUAAUUCAUAUUAGGUACAUAAUUAUUUGUUAUGGAUUUUAUAACUUGCUUAAUUUAAUAUUUUGAAACAAUGAACACUUCCAAGUACAGUUACAUUUUUGUAUUAUUCACAUAUUAUUGUACAUGAAUGUACCUAAAGAUUGUGUAAAAAAAAUUGUGCAAGAUUAAAAUAAAUAUG